AUGAACCCAGAGGAUCAAUUCACAUCUGUUCGUUGGGAUAGAGACGAAAUCAAUAAAAACAAUAACAAUCAAGUGGAGUCUACUGAGGAUCAAUCGAAGGUAAUUAAACCUGAUAUUAAGACUCAAUCGGUUGAUGAAGAGCCCAUUGAAGAAGAGUAUUUGUCAGUGCCAGUUACUGAUGCUAACAAUGCUCAAAAAUCAAAUACAAUAAUUCAGGAAAAUACGGAUGAAGCUGAAAGUUCCGAUCCAAGUAAUUCAUUAUUGAUUUCUCAACCAGAUAAUAAAGAUGAACCUAGUCAGCAGCCUAAGAUCAAUGAAGAAAGAAGAAGUCUGAAUUCACAACCUGAGUUACAAGAAUCUUUACAUGAAUCAAAUUCAAAUGAGGCGGAAAUUCCAUCACAAUCAAAUGCUGAGCAAAUAGAUACGUCAUUUUUUGAUAAAUAUUCUAUCAAAAUUUCAGCAACUAACCCAAAUCGAGACUUGGAUGCAUCAUCAAAACCAUUUAUUUCAUACUUAGUAACCACUACUACUGAUAAUCCAAAUAUUAAAAAGUUGGGCAAGGAUAAUCAUAGUGAUGAACAAUAUGUGACCUACAGUGUUCGUAGAAGAUAUGGUGAUUUUAGAUAUUUGCAUGAAAGUCUUACCAACGAUUUUCCGACCACAAUGAUUCCGCCUUUACCUUCAAAACUGAAUAUAAAAUAUUUGACUGGAGAUACAUUUAGUCACGAAUUUGUGCAUAAAAGAUUACAUUCAUUGGAAAGAUUUUUAAGGUUUAUUGUUCAGCAUAAACUUUUAUCUCAACUGUCAAUUUUCCAUUUGUUUAUAAGUGAUUCAAAUGAUUGGAAUACUUUCACAACAUCAUUGAAAUUGAAAGAAUUGAAUGUUAAUGGGGAGCAACAAGGUGGUUUGGUGAAUAAAGUAGUCAAUGAAGAUUUGAUCACUGAAAAAGUGAUGAAUUUUCUUACAUCAUCAAAGCAUAAAAAGGAGACUAAUCGGGAAAUUUUGGAAAUAAAUGACAAAUUGAACAAACUUUAUGAGAAUUUGUUGAAAUUGGAUAGAAUAUUUUCCAAAUUAAAUCGCAAGAACAAGGAACUUAGUAAUGAUUAUUCUCAUUUUUCAAAUCAAAUAUUAAAAUUGUCCACUAUACAAAGUGAGGAGGAUAGUUCCGUAAUCUCGAACUUUAAAGUUUUUGCGGAAUCGCUUGACUUUUUCCUGAACUCGUGGUCUCAGUUGCAUAAAUAUAUGGAUGAAUCAUUCUUGGUGUCAUUGAAGGAUUGCUCAAAAUACAUAAUAAGUCUCACCAAUCUCAUUGAACUACAACAUAAUAAAAAAAUUGAUCUACAAGUUUUACAAGAUUAUCUUAUUAAAACAAGAAAUGAAUUAAGUACUGCUAGCGGUGGUCAUCCUUCAUCUUCAUAUCAUAGUAGUGGUAGCGGAAGUGGGAUUGUAAAUAAUACUACUCAAUUAAUCAAGGACACUAUAUCAACGUCAGCUACCCCAUAUAUAGGAUCAACUUCAAAAGAACACAAAAUUCAAAAAUUAGAAAAUAAGGCGGCUCAAUUGGAAAAUGAAAUUAAAGUUCAGACAAAAUUAAUUAAUGACUUUACCAACAAAAUCAUUACAGAAGAAUAUCCUAAUUGGGACAAUUUUAACAAAAAUGAAUUAAAAGGCUCAAUGAUUGGUUUGUGUGAUAAACAAAUUGAAUUUUAUAAGGGAUUAGUUGAUAAAUGGACUGAUGUUGAAAUCAAACUAACUCAAAGACUAAAUAGUAUACAAUAA